AUGGAUACUGCAGUGAGUAUAUUCAAUAGCUCAGGACCUCAAGUGUCUGAGUUCCUCCUGAUGGGGCUCCCAGGGAUUCACGAGUGGCAGCACUGGCUCUCCCUGCCCCUGGCUCUGCUCUACCUCUUAGCACUUGGUGCCAAUCUCCUCAUCUUGAUCACCAUCCAACAUGAGCUUACACUGCACCAGCCCAUGUAUCAACUCCUUGGCAUCUUGGCUCUAGUGGACAUUGGACUGGCCACGACCAUCAUGCCCAAGACCCUGGCCAUUCUCUGCUUUAAUAACAAAACCAUCAGCCUCCCUGAGUGCUUUGCUCAGAUGUAUGCCAUCCACUCUUUUAUGUGCAUGGAGUCGUGCAUUUUCCUCUGCAUGGCUGUGGACAGAUAUGUAGCCAUUUGCUAUCCCCUUCAGUACCCCUCCAUAGUCACAGAGGCUUUUGUGGUUAAAGUCACAUUGUCUAUGCUGCUCAGGAAUGGCCUGCUGACUAUCCCAGUGCCUGUCCUGGCUGCCCAACGACACUACUGCUCCAGGAAUGAGAUUGACCUAUGCUCUAACUAGGUCACUAGUCUGGCCUGUGAUGACAUCACCAUUAACAGAUUUUAUCAGUUGGUCUUGAUCUGGGUUAUGGUUAGAAGUGACAUGUGUCUGGUCUUUGUUUCCUAUGCUUUGAUUAUUCGUUCAGUACUGAAGCUGAACUCUGCUGAAGCAACAUCUAAGGCCCUGAGUACCUGCAGCUCCCAUCUCAUCCUUAUUCUCUUUUUCUACACAGCCAUUAUUGUAGUAUCUGUCACCCAUCUGGCAGAAAGGAGGUUUCCCUUCAUCCCUGUUCUCCUCAAUGUGCUGCACAUUGUAAUACCCCCAGCCCUUAACCCCAUGGUAUAUGCACUUAGGACCCAGGAGCUGAGAGUGGGCUUCCAGAGGGUGCUCGGUUUGGGUGAGAAUGUGUCCAGGAAGUGA